GCAGCGGGCUCCCUACCUGGCUCUGCUACCGCCGUGGCGGAAGCGCCUUCCCUCAGGACAUCAAUGCAAGCCUGAAGAAAAGUAAUUGCUUCCUUUUAAGCCAUGGCAUAUCAGUUAUACAGAAAUACAACUUUGGGGAACAGUCUUCAAGAGAGCCUUGAUGAGCUCAUACAGUCUCAACAGAUCACCCCCCAGCUUGCCCUUCAAGUUCUACUUCAGUUUGAUAAAGCUAUAAAUUCAGCAUUGGCUCAGAGAGUCAGGAACAGAGUCAAUUUCAGGGGCUCUCUAAAUACAUACAGAUUCUGCGAUAAUGUUUGGACUUUUGUAUUGAAUGAUGUUGAAUUCAGAGAGGUGACAGAACUUAUUAAAGUGGAUAAAGUGAAAAUUGUAGCCUGUGAUGGUAAAAAUACUGGCUCCAAUACUACGGAAUGAGUAGAGAAUCACGGCUUUUUUAUGCCGCCUUCUGUUAUUUUCAUCUCUUUUUGAAGAAAAACAUGGAAGAGACUUUUUUUUAUUUAUUCUCACGGUGCAGAAAUGACAACACUGUGCUAUAUAUACUACCCAAGGGUCCCACAGAGAGAAGCAUGUGACUCUGUACUCUUAAAUGACAUUUAGUACACAGCAUAAAGAAAUGUAACUUUUUUUUAAUGACAAAUCAAAAGUGGUUGCCUUCAUAAGAAUAUUCUUUAAUAAACUCGUUUU